AUGGCCACUCUCAAGGAUGCCAUCGAGGAAGGCCGGCAGAACUCCGAGACGAGGCGCCCUUCUGUUCUCUUUGCUGAGGAGUCCAAGCGAAAGGCCAGUGUCGCUCAACUGACCUCCAACACGACCGGGGAAAUUCGAAAUCCUCUCGUAGGUAUUCCGCGAGACGCUUUGCUCCAGGAUGUCGAGAAUUUUGCCGCCGAGAACAAUCUUGGUGACAUCCUGCCUCUGCUCCGAAAAGGUGCCAUUGUGGCUCAGAGUCCCCAUGCGUACGAACAUCUCCCCGAGCUAGACGAGGCUGAUCGCACUUGUCUCCGCGAGGAAAUCACCCAUCGUUGGAAGCAUCCAAGAACCCUCUAUUAUACCAUCGUCCUCAACUCCAUUGCUGCUGCUAUCCAAGGUUGGGACCAAACCGGUUCAAAUGGUGCGAACUUGUCCUUCCCCGUCGAAUUCGGGAUCCCGGACAGUGCUCCUUACUGCAUAGACAAGGCAACCUGCGACAAGAAUUCAUGGAUCGUGGGUUUCGUCAACUCUUGCCCCUACAUAGCCAUUGCUUUCUUUGCUGGUUGGAUCUCCGACCCUUUGAAUGACUGGCUGGGUCGCCGUGGCACCAUUUUUAUUGCCGCAAUCUUCUCUUUGCUUGCUCCUAUCGGCUCAGGCCUCACUCAGCAUUGGGGUCAAUUGGUAGCAACUCGGAUUCUGCUCGGAAUAGGCAUGGGUCUCAAAGAAGUCACUGUCCCUGUCUUCUCAGCUGAAAACUCUCCUACCAAUAUUCGUGGAGGCUUGGUGAUGACCUGGCAAGUCUGGACCGCUUUUGGAAUUUUCCUAGGGACUUGUGCAAAUCUCGCCGUGAAAGAUGUUGGCCGCAUUGCGUGGAGAUUGCAACUCGGCUCAGCUUUCAUUCCAGCUAUUCCAUUGGUCAUUGGUAUCUAUUUUUGCCCUGAGUCGCCUCGCUGGCUCAUGAAGAAGGGCAGACACGCGCAAGCCUACAAAUCCCUUCUCCGGCUCCGAAACACUCCUCUUCAGGCCGCGCGUGAUCUCUACUUUGUCCACGCCCAGUUAAUUCAGGAAGAAAUUCUGGUCGAGGAAUCUGCCGUCGCCACUCACGGAAACUUCUUCACCCGCUUCAUCGAGCUUUUCACUAUCCCUCGUAUCCGACGUGCCACUCAAGCUUCUGGUAUUGUCAUGAUUGCUCAACAGAUGUGCGGCAUCAACAUCAUAGCCUUCUAUUCGAGCAGCGUCUUCAGCCAGGCAGGUGCCUCAGUCACCGAGGCCCUCUUGGCAAGUUGGGGCUUCGGUCUAGUCAAUUUCAUCUUCGCAUGGCCAGCAGUAUGGACAAUCGACACUUUCGGACGAAGAACACUACUCCUCUUCACCUUCCCCAAUAUGUGCUGGACUCUUCUGGCGGCAGGAUUCUGUUUCUGGAUUCCUGAAAGUAGCAACGCCCAUUUGGGCUUGAUUGCCACGUUCAUCUACUUAUUCGACGCCUUUUACUCUCCUGGUGAAGGACCAGUCCCUUUCACCUACUCCGCCGAGGUAUUCCCCUUGUCUCACCGUGAAGUCGGCAUGUCCUGGGCUGUUGCGACAAACAACUUCUGGGCCUCGGUUCUGGCCCUGACUUGGCCACGAAUGCUACGAGCCAUGAAGCCACAAGGUGCCUUUGGUUUCUACGCUGCCCUCAACAUCCUUGCCUUCAUCAUGAUUUUCCUCUGGCUACCCGAGACCAAGCAGCGAUCUCUCGAGGAGUUGGACUACGUCUUUGCGGUACCAACUCGUACACAUAUGCACUAUCAAGUCUCCCAGGUGCUUCCAUACUGGUUCAAGACCCAAGUCCUCCGAAAGAAGGGACUUACAUCUCCUCACCUAUAUACAUUCGAAUCGGAUGAUAUUGUUCCAGUUGACCGUGAGCGGGACCAAGACGAAGAGAAGGCCGUUUGA